AUGACCUCCUGGACCUUUUUGCCAGUUGCCCUGGUGCUGCUCUUCUCCAGCACCCUCUGCUCCCUGGGCUGUGACCUGACUCAGGGCCUUCUGGAAGACUUCUCACUUCUGCACCAAAUGAGCCCAUUUUCUCUGGGGCCAUGUUGGAAGGACAGGACCAACUUCAACUUCCCAAAGGAAGCCAUGCUCCAGAGGGAAAACGGCACAGUCAUUGUUCAUGAGAUGCUCCAGCAGAUCUUCACCAUCUUCAGCCUGAGUGCCACUCCUGCCGCUUGGAAUCAGACCCAGCUCAUGCAACUACUCAGUGGACUGCAUCAGCAGCUGGAACAGCUGGAGAGGUGUCUUGGACAGGAUGUGGAGUGGGAGGAGCCUUCCUUGGGAAGUGUGAACCCCAGGCUGGCCCUGAAGAGCUACUUCCAAGGAAUAAGGCAGUACCUGCAAGGUAAAGAGUAUAGCCACUGUGCCUGGGAGAUUGUGAGAGUAGAGAUCAGGAAGAUCUUUCUGUUCAUGAACAAGCUGACAAGAAAUCUCAUGAACUAAAGAAGAAGAAAUGGACUCUCAGAACACUUUAUCUCAUUUCCCAAAACCCAGCAUGUAACUAUUCUGUUACCAAAUGAAAAAAUCUGAACUAAUGGAAUAUUUUUAAAUAAUAUAAGCUAUCAAGUUGUAUGCUGAAAAGGGGUUAGAAUACAGAGAAAUAGAAUCUAUUCUUAUUAGCUGAAGAACCUGAAUAUUUUGA